AUGAGUGUGCAGGGCAAUGGCACUGACGAGGACGAUUUCGCAAGCAUCUACGAACCAUUGUCCAAGGAGGGCGCCUACAUGCCCUUUCGGCCUCGAGCCAUCGAAGACUUGCAAGAGACCUUCAAAGCCGAGAGGCUCAGCCUUCGCUACACCUCGGUACCGCCGGGGCAGCGGAUACGGCGCCUAGCUUCGGCGGUGCGCAGUCGGGAGGUUCUGAGGCAAAAAGCCGUGAACGAGGUCCCCGAAUCGGAAUCUCCAUUGGUGGAAGGGAAGAAGGAGGACGAGCGACUGAGUGCUCUUCGAGGAGGCUCCCGGACCGCGCUGGACGUGGACACCGAAGCCGAAGACUCCGAGGUCAGCGUUGAACUCACUGACUCGGGUCGUCCGUGUGUCCUGGAACGGCCGGAGGAGAUCCUCGACGGAUGUCAUCACCUUUUUGUCCGCUCCAAAGGACCUUUACACAGUCCUGACGAGCCACCAGACUUCCUACAACUGCCGGAGCCCAUCAAGCAACGAACGGCCGGCGCCGCUCGAGUGGCUGCUGCAGCCAGGGCCUGGGCCGCUGCCUCGGCGCCUCAGAGCCGGCUCAUUGGCGUCAGUCAGGCCGCAGGCAGCGAGAUGCAGGUGGUGGCGGUGAUGAUGAACCAGCAGGAACUGCCGCCCACGGCCCGUGGGGCUCCCGAGCGCACUCCGGCACAGAUCCUGCAGGACUUGCGACAGCAAG